AUGGGCUCAAGUGAAGAACACAAGGGCUUAUUACAUCCCGAAUACACGACGGUGGGGCCUAGGGAGAUAAGGCAGUCCCAAAGACGCGAUAAUGAUUCUACGAGCAACUAUUCUGGGUCCUUUAGGCGUGGGUCGAUGUCUAUGGCGCUGACACCAACGGCAGCCAAGAAUAUCAACAUACCCGUGUCGUCGUCCAUGGAUAACAGGCAUGUCAUGGUUGAUAUUGGCUCGCCAGAUUUCAAGACUUUGCAUCCACAGAAGGAAAAACAGAUUGUGAACUCGUUGAGAAAGAACUAUCUGAACACUUACAUGACCGGUAGCAUUAGCAGCAGUUACACUGAGAGGAGAAGACCAUCGUCGGUGAGCCAAGCGGGGAGGCUUGGAAACGUGAACACUGGCCCAUCAGUAAGACCCAAGGAUGACAGCGAACUCAGGACUGGAACGCCAGAUUUGAGCUACGAUCCAAAUCUCAGUACUGCGGGUGGUGAUAUUACGAGAGAUAUCUAUAAGGUAGCAACCAAGGCUAUGCCGACGCCCGUAAAACGCAUGCAAUCGACAGAUGAUGUAAUGUCAGUGGCAUCAAGUCAACGGAGACAGUCUACUGCAAGCUCGUUAAAUGUCCCUGGUGGGUUUAGAAGAGAGUUUAUUGUGACUAAGAAGAGGAAAGAAAAACUAUUAAAUAAGAGCAACGAUAAUGUAGAUUCAUCAACCACACCCAAUAACUCUUCUCCAUCCAUUAAUGAAGCGCUUACAGAUGACGAAGAAGAUGAUAAAAUGCCUUUUUUGACCAAAAACUUUCUUGAGUUUCUAUACAUGUAUGGGCAUUUUGCUGGUGAGUCAUUUGAAGAUGAUUUUUACUCUGUUGAUGGCAUGCCAUAUGCAUUAGAUGAGAGCUCACAUUUGCUUUCACAGACUACGAAAGCAAAAGGACCUCCCAAGGGUACUACAUCGACAAGGAAAGUAUUCUUUUUACUACUAAAAUCUUUUAUUGGCACUGGUGUUUUGUUUCUACCUAAUGCUUUCAACAAUGGAGGUCUUUUUUUCUCAAUAUUCAUGCUUGCCUUUUUCGGUUUGUACUCCUACUUGUGCUAUUAUCUUCUAAUUUCAUCUAAAAUUGCUGCCCAAGUCAGAUCAUUUGGUGGGAUUGGAUUAAAGUUAUAUGGUCCCACUAUGAAAUAUUUAAUCCUAUUUUCUUUGGUCAUAACACAGCUUGGAUUCUCAAGUGUUUAUGUUAUUUUUACAGCCAGAAAUUUAAAGGCCAUUGGUGAACAUGUCUUCAAAUUGCCUAAUGUGUCGAUUACAUUUUUGAUGAUAAGUCAGUUACUGCUUUUUAUUCCAUUAUCAUUUGUUAGAAAAAUAUCAAAAUUAUCGUUACCUUCCCUAUUUGCCAAUGUUUUUAUAUUAGUUGGCCUUGUAAUUGUUGUCUUUUUCUCCAUGAAACAUUUAUUUUAUGAUCUUUCUGGUAGUCCUGCUGAUGGUGUCAUCUUUGGAAUUAACAAUAGCAGAUGGACACUUUUCAUUGGUACUGCCAUCUUCUCAUUUGAAGGUAUAGGGCUAGUCAUUCCUGUUCAAGAUUCUAUGAGAAAGCCCGAAAAGUUUCCACUAGUUUUAGGACUGGUGAUAAUUUGUACUACUGUCGUUUUUAUAAUUGUGGCUACAAUUGGCUAUUUAGCUUAUGGUUCUGAGGUUGAUACCGUAAUUCUACUAAAUUUACCACAGAAAAAUAUUCUUGUUAGUCUCAUCCAAUUACUAUAUUCGAUAGCUAUCAUGCUUUCGACGCCUCUACAAAUGUUCCCAGCUAUUAGAAUUAUUGAAAGUGGGUUAUUCAAACAAUAUGACAGAUGGGUAAAUAGAUCAGAUCGAGAGGGACAUGCUACUGAACACAACACGAGCUCGGGUAAGUCAUCAUGGAAAGUCAAAUGGAUGAAGAACGCUGUGCGUUCUUCAAUUGUAAUACUGGUUGUUGCAAUUGCUUGUGUGGGUGCUGAUAAUUUGGACAAGUUUUUAUCUAUAAUCGGUUCGUUUGCAUGUAUACCGCUAGUAUACAUGUAUCCUCCUAUGCUCCAUUUGAAAAGUACUAGCUUACCAAGAUCAAAUGGUAAAAUCAUGUCACGGAGGGUAAUUAUAGAUAUCGUACUCAUAAUAUUCGGUGGUAUUAGCAUGGUUUACACUUCCUACCAGAGCAUAUUUGUCACCGAUUAA